AUGGGCUGUUCUGUGGUAGAAAGGAUACGGACAGAUGGCGACAAGGGCGUUAGAAAGGCUAUUCCCCCUUGCUGCCUUAAGGCUAUGGGUACCUGUCCCAGUGAAGCCAAAUGCCACGAGACCGUUGUCGCAGGGUGGUUUUCAGAAGGUCGUAUUUGGGCAUUAUGUGAUCAUUCAUAUUGAAUACAUUUAUAUUUCAGAGGUCAUUGUACAUGUUGUUUUUUCUUUGGUUAGAUAACUUUACUGAUCAUACUUAUCUAUGUUUACUAUUAUUGCAGAUAAGUCCUAUUAUCACAACCCCAUGUGGCCAGGUUUGUAUUUUUGCAGCUUCUUGUGACAGUGUUUGUCUAAGAAUAGUUCUUCUGAGAAAUGUUUCAAUUUCUUCUUCAUUCUUACUAGAGAAAAGGACUAUAGAAAUCAGUAAUGAGAGUAACUGGGUAAGCUUGAUAAAGAGACCAUGAGAUGUUGGAUGGUGGGUACAAGGAAUUAUUUUUGGAUUAUGGCCGCAGUUCAGCAGAGUGUUCGAUUUAUUCUGUAUUGCAUAAAUUGGUUAUUUAGUUCCCCUUUAUACUUUUUUUUUCGAGUUGGUAUUUUAAGCAGAUUUACAUGCAUGUGGGGAUACCAGCUUGACGCAUUCGUAUUUUUAUGAGUAGGUGAAGCUCAUUCUCUUAAGGUGGAGAGAAUUUUAUAUCGUGGAAAAUCAGAUUACCAAGAGAUUUUGGUUUUCGAGGUUAAUAAAGACCUCAACUGUGUUAUUCUUUAUUUAAAUAUACUUUUUUACCUUCUGAAAUCAUAUUCCUCAUCAGUUUUCCUAACAUAUUGCAUUUCUUUUUCCAGUCAUCUGGGUAUGGGAAGGUGCUUGCUCUUGAUGGUAUAGUACAACUGACAGAAAAAGAUGAAUGCGCGUACCAGGAAAUGAUAACCCACCUUCCUCUCUGCUCAAUUCCUUCACCGAAAAAUGUAAUUUUAUUUGUAUAGCAUUACCGAAUUUUAUUUAUUUAUUUUAUUGCUAAACUUAUUUCAUAUCAAUUAUUUUUUUCCCGUUGCUUGUGUCAUAUGACUGUUUCUAGCUCAUUUAUGCUUAGAUCUGCUGUGUUUUUCUUCUCCUCAAUUCAUACCAGAUGCUUUUUAUUCAUUAAUUUCUCAUGAAAAAGUUUGAUCUAAUAUCUAUGUGCUUUACUCUCCAUCAUCUGGAGCGUCUGUUAUGCUUAUGAAGAGAAAGCAUAUUCGAUCAUACGACUUUAAGUUUCAAUUUUAAUUUUGAUGGACGUUUCCAUUCCAUUUUAUGUUUUCAGUCUUAUUGGAGAUUGAGGCCUGCAAGUUCAGUGCUAGAUUCUACAUAUUGUUGACUGCACCUGUUGCGAAUUUAAAUUGAUCUGAGUGUCAUAAGUGAAUGCAGAAGAUAGCUCAUGGUGCCGGAAUUGUUCAACGAAUCAUAAUUUGUUUGUUCCAGUAAAUUGUUAUCCUGUCUCUUUCAAAUCACUAUGAUAUUAUUGGUGGCAGUAUCUAUUUGCAAUCCAAUGCGUGGGGAUGUCUAACUUGGGCUACAUUCACGUGGGAUUAUUGUCAACUGUUUUUUAUUUUGCUUAGCUCAGAGUCUUUUCAUGGUGUAUCUCUGGCCAUUGAAACUCUGGUUGUUGUGUCAGUCUUCAAUUUUAAUAUCAUAUUUACUGACAGCGAAUUUCACGUGGAAUAUUUUGUGCUUACAUAAUCAUACUAUCAAGAAUACAAAUAAUCCGAUGAGGAGGAUUCUGAAGAGGUUUUGCAAACAUGGUACUCUCACUCCUGUCGUUUAUGUUGUUGGUGGAACCUCUAAAUGCAGGUUUUGGUUAUAGGAGGUGGUGAUGGUGCAGUUCUUCGAGAAAUCUCUCGUCAUCUUUCUGUGGAAGUCAUUGAUAUUUGUGAAAUAGACCAAAUGGUGAUUGAUGUGAGUUUAAAGCUUUCUGUUUUCUCUGUUCUUCUAUCUACCUAAUUGGCUAUUGACUUCAUUUUUCUCUUGAUAGGUUUGCCGCAAAUUCUUUCCAAAUCUCUCUGUUGGUUUUGAAGAUCCUCGUGUCCAACUCCAUGUAGCUGAUGGUAUGUCACCUACGCAAUACCUUAUAAAUUUUCAUACUUGCACAGUUUCCUACUGUGGAUUUGCAAUCUCUUUGGAUGAUAGUUAAAAAUAGUGACAAAGUGAAAUAUAGUUCUUUGUCUGCUUCUUUGAGCCACAAUUCUGUAGGAUGCUUUAUCAGUUGCUAACUCUCAGUUAUCUUUUUUUGUUUGAUUUUGAUGGUGACUUCCAUGAAGCGGUUGAUUUUUUGAAAAAAGCACCAGCAGGGAAGUAUGAUGCCAUUAUCGUUGAUUCCUCAGAUCCAAUUGGUAUUAUACUUUAGUUCCAAUACAUGUUACUCUUUUGUAGACAUUUAAUUGAGUAUUUUGUAUGAUGAGACAGAAAACAGCAGCUGCAGCAACCUUCUUUACCUGCGUAUCAGUUUUGUCUAAGCUUGCAGUCAAACAUUCUCUAUAGCCUCUUUUAUUGUUUGGUUCGAUUUUGCCUGAGUUCUGUCGGAUUAUUAUCCUGUGCAUAAUCACACUCGUGCCUAAUUAAUUUUCGCUGAUCCCAAAAAUACGUGGCCUAAAUUCACCUAUUGAAGCUUGCCAGUUGCCAUCUGAAGCUUUCUGUAUAUGAUUUGAUAGUUGCUGGCUGAAUUGACUGCCCAAGUACCAGUUGCAUCUCAGCCACCUUCACUUUUUUUUAAGUCAUUGGUUGGUGUGAGUUGGCGAACCCUGUGUUAAAUGUCUCGGUGUAUUGUGCAUGGAAACUUCAAAUGACGAUUGACAGAGGCAUAAGAUCUCAGUGCUAUGAUUAUAUUACGUGUCUACGAAAAUUUUGAUCAUACUAAAAGCAUAUGUUCAAGACUAAUAUGACUCUCUUACGUGCUGAUAUCAGGGCCAGCUCAGGAGCUUGUUAAGAAGUCAUUUUUUGAGAUCGCUGCAAUGUCAUUGAGACCAGGUGGUGUGCUCUGCAAUCAGGCAGAGAGCAUGUGGCUCCAUACACAUCUUAUUCAAGACAUGCUAUCUACUUGUUGUGAAACUUUCAAGGGAUCUGUCCAUUUUGCUUGGACGAGUGUUCCUACAUAUCCUAGGUACAUAAACUUGAUUAGUUCUUUUUUCUCUCAUAUGAUGAUUGUACUCUGUUACGUAGAACAAGUCUUCUAUAUUAGGCUUUCCUUCUAUUUUACCUUUCUGUCCUCUUAUUAGAUGUAAUUUUCUUUUUUUUGUGUGUGUUUCCAUUAUUAGACCAUUCCAUAAUACUGGAAAGGUUCAUUAGAUGCCAAUAUAAAUACUGGCGUACUGCCUUGAGAAGGGCUAAGUCAGUUUUUUCCUUUCCUGCUUCUGUUGUAUCUCGUGACAUGGUAUUAGAGCUUUCUGUCUGAUCCUAUGUGAAGACCACUGACGGAAGAUCAACCAACCUUAGUGGGGACGAUGACUCGACGCUGUAGGCAGUGUCACCUGGUGACUUUCUUCCUAUCUGUAGUACUUGAAAUCAUGAGGUUUCUUGGUCGUAAGCAGACUAGUGGAUUCCUUGGAGAGUCACUACAUCAUCAUUUCUUGAUGGUGGCAGACGUCUAUGAAUAGACCAUCAUUGUUUCUUGACGGUGGUGGUCAUCUGCGAAUACACCAUCGUUGUUUCCUGACGGUGGUAGUCAUCCUCAAUUUCUUGAACAUAAAUUGUUAUUCGUACCACAUCAAAGAAUCUCUAUUUGAAAACUUUUUUAGCUAUUUGGUCACGGCUGCAGAACAUGGAGACAAAGGUCAGUGAAUCUUCCUCCUCUGGCCCAGGACAUUCAUUUGAAGUAAUUAAGGUAUGUUCAGACCUACCUAAAAUUGCUAAGAGAUUCUGAUUUGAUGAAAUCAAUUUGUUCUAAUGGGCAUCGUAUGUGGAACUUAUUCUACGUGGGAGGAAUUUGGAUCAUCAGCGGAUGCAAUCUUCAUCAAGUAUUGACAACCCGGGAUAUUCUUGGUGGAAAGAAGAAGCACUGAUUUAAUAUUAGAUGUUAUGUUACGCAGAACAAGUUUUUCUAUAUUAGGCUUUCAUUCUAUUUUCCUUUCUGUCCUAUUAUUAGACCUUUCUGUAAUACUGGAAAGGUUUAUUAGAUGUCAAUAUAAAUACUGGCGUAUUGCCCUGAGAAGGACUAAUUCAGUUUUUCCCUUUCCUGCUUCUGCUGUAUCUCGUAACAUGGUAUCAAAGCUUUCUCUCUGAUCCUGUGUGAAGACCGCUGACGGAAGAUCAACCAACCUUGGUGACGACGACGACUCCACGCUAUAGGGAGUGUCGUCUGGUGAUCUUCUUCCUGCAUAUAGUACCUAAAAUCGUGUGGUUUCUUAGUCAUAAGCAGAUCGGCGGAUUCCUUGGAGAGUCACUACACCAUCGUCGUUUCUUGAUGGCUUGAUCAAGUGCUGAUGUAAAAUUAAGGGCUAUGGCCCUUGGGAUUUGUGAAGGCAUUUGGAUAAAGAGUAUAUUAAAUGAGUUACAAAUACCCAUAGAAGGUUCGAUUGCCUUGUUCUGUGACAAUCAGCCCACAAUAAGUAUUGGACAUGAUCUUGUUCAGCAUAACAAGACCAAACAUACUGAAGUAGACAUACAUUUUAUUAAAGAGAAACUUGAAUCAAGUAUGUCUCAUCUACAAAUCAGUUGGCUGAUAUAUUAACUAAGAGCAUUUCUGUAAAUAUUGAUGAUAUCCACGCACCAGCGUGAGGGAGAGUGUUAUGCAAAACAAGUCUUCUAUAUUAGACUUUUCUUCUGUUUUGCCUUUCUGUCCUCUUAUUAGAUGUUUUUUUUUUGUGUUUUCAUUAUUAAACCUUUCUGUAAUACUGAAAAGGUUCAUUAGACGUCAAUAUAAAUAUUGAUGUACUGCCCUAAGAAGGGCUAAGUCAGUUUUUCCCUUUCCUACUUCCGCUGUAUCUCAUGACAUAUUCAAUAAUCUUUGUUCUUUGCAUUCCUAUAGAUCCCAAUCCCUCGUGUUGUAGUCAGCCUUGACCCAAAUGGCGUUAUCAGUGUAGAAUAUUUCUCAGCAUCAAUUAGUUUCUUUUUCAUAUUAUGUGGGCAUCAAUCCUCGUUCAAGAGUAAUUUUUGUGCACUGAUUUUGAUUGAGUUGCUGGGUAUACCACAGAUUUCCUGUAGUAGUUGCAAAAAAAAUUGUUCAUAGCAUUUGUUGCGCUAACAUGAUUAUAUAAUACAAUAAUUUUGGCUGGAUAUACAGUGGCACGAUUGGAUUUUUGUUGUGUUCAACAGAGGGUCCGCCCGUCAACUUCUUGGAUCCAGUUAAUCCAAUUGAAAAGCAGGAAGGGGCUCUCAAGUUCAGAAGGGAGCUGAGAUUCUACAACUCUGAGGUAUCUGCAACUUGUUCUAUCUAGUGGCGCAUUUCCCCUGGCUCGGCGAGCUGACUCAUUUUUUCUAUUAUAAUAUCUGAAGCCAUUCUCGUUCAAUUUCUUCUAGGUUUUGUUGUAUACAUGAUUUUAUCGUUUUCGGGCACCCAUUGUGAAAAGGAUUGACUUUGAGACGCCUCCCAUCGUUUACUGUUUAAUAUGAUUUUAACUGUUUGUGACGGGCAACGAACAGAUCUGUACGCUUCAUUUCUUAGAUUAUCUUCAACAUAAAUAGAGAUAGCACGUUUGAUUUUUUAUUUUUUUUUCAUGCUUGACACGGUUUGAACCAGAGACUAAAAACACCUGCUUUGAGCGAUGACCCAGACAGUAAUUCAUGGACAUUAGUUCUUCCCCAUGGGGAAAUUUACAUAAUCUUGAUCAUUUUACAGAUGCACAGGGCUGCUUUUGCUUUGCCGUCAUUUCUAAAGAAGGAACUCAGCACUGUGUAUAAUUCUCAGCUUCGGUACUGCUCCAGUUCAGUCUACGUAUUCGUCUUCUCUCCCCCCCAUCUCAUCUCAGUCCUUGAUUCUACCGCUCGUCAAAGACUGGUUUGGGCGUUCGGUUAA